ACUCAGUGUGCGUGUAAGUCUCGUGAGAAGAUCCAAGCUCUGCUCAUCUUCACUCCCACCCCCGGGUCCUCAACAGCUUUCCAAGAUGAACAGGGAGAAGCUGAUGAAGAUGGCUAGUGCAGUUCGCACUGGUGGAAAGGGCAGUGUCAGGAGGAAGAAGAAAGCUGUUCACAAGACCACCACCACUGACGACAAGAGGUUGCAGAGCACCUUGAAGCGACUCGGAGUGAACACCAUUCCCGGAAUUGAAGAGGUUAACAUCUUCCAGGAUGAAUCCGUCAUCCACUUCGUUAACCCCAAAGUGCAAGCCUCUAUUGCUGCCAACACGUGGGUGGUGAGUGGACCUUCUCAGACGAAGAAGCUUCAAGAUAUCUUGCCCAGUAUCAUUAAUCAGCUAGGACCUGAAAAGAUGAACUUAGCGCAAUUGAAGAAGCUUGCUGAGCAGUACCAGAAAAAGGAUAAUCUCGGAGGAAUUGCAGAGGAGGAAGACGAUGAUGUGCCGGAGUUAGUAGAAGGAGAGUCUUUCGAAGAAGCCUCCAAGCAGGAAACUGCCAAGUAGGAACUAGGUAACGAAAGCUAUUGCAAAUCCCCUGCAAGUUCUUUGUAGGUGCCAUUGCAGCAUUCUGGCGCAAGCUACACAGUUUUGAAAUGAGUAUCAAUGAAGUGCAAUGCAUGAAUCCCAAGCUCAACUUCUUGUCUUUCCUAGAGCUAAUGCAAGUAGUGUACUUGUGAGUAAUACGUUUCGUGUAAAACUUUUGCUUGAAAAGUAUGCCCAACGUACUGUGUGGUUUAUCUUAAUGAAGUUUUUAUUUAUCACGGUGCCCUUCGCCA